CCCCUGCAAACGAAAACGAGGCAGUGUUGUAGGUACUCUCUCCGGCGCGUGUGUGUGUUUCGACUAAUACUGCAGUGAAAAUUCAGGCCCUUUUCAUCGAAUCGGGUGAUUUUUAUUAUAUAGAUUCAUAUUCAAAAUCUCUUCUGUAAGGUCAUCAUGCCUCGUAGGCAAAAGAAAGCUAGUUCUCCCCCACCCGAACAACGAAGACGUAGUGCUAGAAUAGCAGCAACUCCUAGUCCAGCUUCAAGUCCUGCAACCACACAACGGGUAAAAACAACGCCGAAGCCAGCGAAGUCUCCAAAAUCUGCAACAACAACACCAGAACGCAGAGGUAGAAGUACUAAGGCAAUCAGCCAACCCGCAGCUAGUCCGCGAAGGGGUGCAAGGGCAAGGAAAGUUAAAUCGCCACCGCCCGAAGAGAGUGAAGAAGAAGAAGAGGUUGUAGUAAAAGCAAGUCCAAGAAAGAGAGGUGCGACUAAAAGAAAAGCUGUAGAAGAACCAGACGAUAAACCUCCAACAAAGAAAAAUGUCAGUGAAGAAUCUAAAAAAGAAGAAAAAGUUGAAGAACCAGCUGAAGCUGAAUCAAAAGAUGUAGAAAUGGAGGAACCUGCUGAAGAACAAGAAGUUAAAGAACCAAUUGAAACUAAAACACAAGAUUUAGAAAUGAAAGAUGAAAAGAAUGAAGAUGCCGUAGACGAGAAACCUACUUCUGAUGAGGAAAUGAAAGAAGAAGAACCAGAAGACAGUAAAGUAAGUGAAAAAGAGUCUGAAUCAAUUCCACCAGAGACAAAAGAAGACCAAGAACCAGUUGCAGAAGAAGAAAAAACAGAACCAGAGGUGCCAGUGCCAACAACUGAGGUGACUCCACCAACAGAAGAACAGCCUGGAGAGGCAGAAUCAACGACUAAAGAUUCCCCAGAAGAGACAACAAAUGAUGAUACCAAGCCUGAACAGGUUAGCACAACAGAAUCAACACAGUCACCCGUGAAAGAAGUCCAGAGUGCAGAAGAAUCACAGAAAGCUGCAGAGGAAUCCCCUGCUAUUCAAGAAACUACAGAACCUCAACCAACGACAGAUGAAAAUCCUGCACCUCAGUCGACCACAGAAGAAGUCCCAACUACUCAGGUGGAUUCUGUAGAGACCACACAGGCUGUUGCUGAACCAGCUGUUCCUAUUGAUAGUACUACCAAUGGUAAAGUAGCAGAACCAGAAGUCACAUCUACCCCUACUCAGUCAAAUACUGCUGCCUCUCCUCCAACCCAACCUGACCAGUCGGACAGCCAAAAUGGUGACCCUGAUGUUUCACAGUGUGGUUUAGUAGAUGAUUCUGACGUAACACCAGUAUCUCAGAAAAAUGAGGCUGCUACUGAAAUUAAACCUGUCAGUGAAGUUAGCGUCAACGACGUUGAAACAAAAACAGGUGAGGGCGAUGGAGUAGUUGCUGCUACCACUGCCUAAAAUUUGAAAAGAUUUUAUUUUUUCACUUAUGUAAUUCUCAGUAUGUUUUAAUUUGCCUACAAACAGGAACAAAAUGGAAUAUACUAUAUACUGUCAUUUAUCCAGUGUUGAUUAUUAGAAAGUUGUAUUCUGGUGUGGUUCAUUUUAAACAACAGAAUAGACAAUUUUCAUUCCAAUUUUAUUGUUACAAGUACACUAAAAUUUUAUGUUUGUAUUAAUGGAAUUGUAUCAAAUACUUUUACAGAAUCUGUCAUAUACAGAUUUGCAAUUUUAGAACUUUUUAUCCUAAAUCAGACUUUAAUCAAAUGUUGAUCCGGUGUUCACUAUUUUUUCACAAAAUGUUUUAGUGUUGAGCUCCUUCUGCACUGGUAUCUAAUUUCAUUAAAUUUGUCUCUCUGUUGUAAUGAACAGACUUUUUGUUCGUUAGAAAAAAAUAGGCAAAUGAAUUGCAUGGUGUUCUUAAUUAAAUUUGUUCUGUGCAAGACUGAAAUUCCCCCAGUGUACUGAGAACAUUGGUUUAAAUUAUUUGCAUUAAAGUUUGUAAAAGUUCCUCUAUUUCAGUGAUUUUUUUUUCAAAAAAAAAAGAAUAUGUUGAUAAAUUUGCAGUCAUCAGUUUUAGUUUUAGGGUUCUUCCACAAAAGAAUUUUAUCAGGGCUAAGUGCCAUGUUUUAAUUUUGCAUUACCUUUCUGAAUAAAUUGACUUUUCCUGAGGCAACCCUUAUUUUGGGUGAAAUAUAAGCAUAGCUAUUUUGCAUAUUCAAAUUUUGUGCCCAUAAUUAAUUAAGUUUUUCUAUAUAAAAUGCAUUUUUUGGACUUGUGGGAACUCGUGUAGUAAUAAUCACAUCAACCACUAAUUGUCAUUUUGUAAGUGUUGAUGAGAUAAGCAAUUUGGUUUUUAAGUUCGGAAUUAUAAACAUUAUUUUUUCAUACAUCCAUUUGAAAUGCUUGUAUCUUGUAUAAGUUGAUGCUGCACUUGAUUGUAGAGAUGUGUGUCCCUCUAUCACAAUUGAUGCUACUGAAAGCAUGUUUUGACAGAACAAAUUGUCAUCGCAUCCACACUAGAAUAUCUGAACCAUGUUUUGAUGCGAUUUGUUGAACACAUGACCCCAGAGUGCAUACUGCAGAUUUCUUAUGGCACAUGGAUAGUAUUUAGAUAGCAACAUACUAUAUCAUUGUAAACAAUUGUACUCAGCAAUGUAGUGUGUAUAUUUUUAUUUUUCAACUCCAGUCAUUGUUAUUCCGCUGUUCCAGAGACUAAAUUGCACUGUUACUUGCUUGCCGACUUUGUUUUUACUGUAGCGGUCUUCUAAGUAUUUUUUUGUACUACUGUAAAGGGGUAAUUAUUCACUGGGUUUUAAUUUAGCUUAUUUCGCUGACUGGGAAUGCGCUAAAUUAAAACACAGUGAAUAUGUAAAAUUUAGCAUAGAACACAUUAUCUAAAUGACGAAACCGUGAAUUUAAAACCUAUUGAAUAUGCCUGAAAUGGUAAAUCAGUGAAAUUUAAACCCAGUAAAAAUUAGUCAUUUUACAGUAUGUGCUGAUUCUGCUUAGCGGAAAAACUGGUUUAGUUUCUCAAUAGUGAUGUCAAACCAUGACGAGAUAUAACCUUGACAACUUGCAAAUAAUAUUCCCUAAUAAUCCAGUAGUGUUGAGCAUUUCUUAUCAAAGACUUACAUAUGUUGAACUAGUUUCACUUGGAAUGCAAAUGUUCUCGGCAUUAUUUGAUGCUUGCGUAUUAUAUGUACAGCCUACGUGUGUUUUGUGUAGAUCAUUUAAAACUGAAAUGACUUGGAUGGGUUGUACAGUAACCUCUCACCCCCAAAUACAUACAAGAUAUCUUUGUUACUAGAUACAAUUAUUAUUUUUAAGGUGCUACAGAUUGUUGACUGCCGUCAGUUCAGAUAUUUAGUACCUGGUACUAUAAUGCAGGGUGGCUCACUUUGAUCAGAUUAACAUUGGGUUUGUAGUAAAAAGUACAUCCAUCUUCAACAGAUGGAUAAGUGCUAUAAAAGAAUCACAAUGUGUUCUCUCCUCUUAUUAGUUCUAAAUACUAAAUGCUGCAUAAAUACCUAAUAAUAGUCUCCUCCAAAGAGGUUACAAAAAAUGGCCGUUUUGUGCCAUGUCUGACUGCCUAUUUUGUUUCAUACUGCAGGAGUGUACCUGUUAAGUAACGACUUGCCCAAUCUGACCACCUAUUCAGUCCUGGGUUUUGUCGGACAGCGUGACAAACUGUAGCAGCUGAAUGCAUGGUUGUAUCUGGUCUUUUAACUACUUGUCUUUGUAGACUUUUCUAGUGUUUUAGUCAAUGGUGUGUUCUUUUUUAUAUUUGAAAGCUUUUUAGCUGUGAAUUGUCAACAUUUUCAAUGUCUGGAAUCCUACUUUGUGGAUGUAGUUAUAGUUAGAUUUGUGGAACACAAUAAAAUAUCUUUAUUACAAAA